GCUCGCUGGGCAUCGUGUCCAACUCGACGGCGGACCUGCUGAACGAGUAUCUACUGCCGAUCGCCGAGCGCCUCAAGGACAACACGGAGAAGAUCUACAAGGAGGAGGAGAACAUCAAGAUGGGCCGGGCAGCGCACGAGGAUAUGGAGGAGGCAGAGGAAGAGCUACAGGCGGACUUCCAAGUUCUUGUGAGAGACAUCUAUGCCUUCUAUCCUCUUCUCAUCAAAUACGUCGACCUCCAUAGGUCACACUGGCUGAAGCAUCCUCGCAUAGGGGCGGUACAGCUGUUCACGCACGUAGCCGAGGUGUUCACGGUCUGGCACACGUCUCAGCAUUUCAGACGAGAGGAGCAGAAGUUUGUGUCAGCGAACGCCAUCAACAACAUGGCGCUGAUCAUGCCCACGAGUAGCGACGGAGCACAGGCAGUCGAGACUCCAGCCUGGAAGAAGAGCAAGCGAAACAGGGGCAAGAGCAUGAAGGAUGCGACGCAGAGUCUCAACGUGGCGUGUCUCAAGAGGAUGCUGCCGAUCGGACUGACAUUGUUCGGAGGCAGAGAGCAGGAGCUCGUGCAGCACGCGAAGCAGAAGCUGCUAGCGAAGGAAAAUGAGGAGGUGGUAGAAGAAUAUGUGAGGAACGCACUGAUAGACUCCAACACAAUGGCCGACCCAUUCGACAGGAAUCACUGGCAGCGCGUUCUCUACAACAAGAUUGGCAGCAAGACGGUCGUCGGCAUCGAGGACGUUCAGCAAGACAGCAACAUCACUGUCUCCAAGAUCAUGUUCACCGCGAAGACGCUAGAAAUGCUCCACAUCGUUCUCAGCGGUCUGUCUUCGACUGUCUCUGUAUGGCAACGGUUGCUAUCGAAUCAGCGUAGGCUGAAGAUACUGGAGUGCCUAAAACUCUCGCACCACUUGCACUCCUUGCCAAGACAUCGUGCCAUCAAUCUGUUCCUGCUGAACUACAUCGACAAGUGGCUGAGCCUGGACGCGUGCGGCCAGGAGGUGCUCGUUAAAAACAUCACGAACAUGAUGGCAGCCUAUCAGAGCCGUCCGAACGAGAAGGAGGAGGAGGAGGGAGUGAAGCCGGACCCGCUCAACCAGCUCGUGAUCUGCUUCAGUCGUCAUGCGACGACGGAGCAGAACGCGCUCCCAGACGACUUCCUCUACAUUGCCUACACAGAGCUGAUGAGCAAGAGCUGUGGUGGUGAAGAAGACGAUGAUGGUGAUGGUGAGGAUGAAGAAGAAGAAGAUGAUGGCCCUGGUAACACACUUCAGGAACAGGAAAUGGGAAAGCAGAAGCUGCUGUUUGAACAAGGUCGCCUUGCCGACCGCUACGUUGCGGAGAUGGUGCUGCUCUCUAUCAGCGCUUGCCGUGGAGAGCAGAGCAACAUGAUGCUGAGUAACUUACAACUGGGUAUCUCCUGCCUCAUGGAUGGCAACAUCAACGUGCAGAAGAAAAUGCUGCAGCAUCUGCAAGAUAAGAAGGAUAGUGACUUCUUCACCUCUCUGUCAGCUCUCAUGGACAAGUGCAGUGUACUAGACCUGGAUGCUUUCGAACGUAACAUAAAGGCAGAGAAGCUAGGUGUGGGACCUGAGUCAGCAGGAGAACAGAACAUGCAUGACUACCUGUUCACCUGCAAGUUAUUCCGCUUCCUUCAGUUGCUGUGUGAAGGUCACAACCUUGACUUCCAGAACUACCUGCGCACGCAGACAGGCAACACCGUGUCUGUGAACCUCGUCAUCUGCAUAGUUGACUACAUGCUGAGACUGCAGGAGUCCGUGAUGGACUUCUACUGGCACUACUCAAGCAAGGAGGUCAUCGAUCAACAGGGCAAAGAGAACUUCAAGAAAGCCAUCAAGGUUGGAGAGCAAGUCUUCAACACCCUCACAGAAGCCAUACAGGGUCCAUGUGUUCUCAACCAAAUGGCUCUAGCACACAGUAGGUUGUGGGAUGCCGUUGGAGGCUUCUUCUUCCUCUUUGCGCACAUGCAGAACAAGCUUGCAAAGAACACAAGUCAACUGGACUUGAUGACACAGAUCAUGCAGUUCCAGAAUGACAUGGUCACGAUGAUGAUAUCUAUGCUUGAAGGCAAUGUGAUGAAUGGUACCAUUGGUAAGCAGAUGGUGGACACCUUGAUGGAAUCGAAGGCAAACGUUGAGAUGAUUCUCAAGUUCUUCGACAUGUUCCUCAAGCUGAAGAAUAUCAUUGAAUCUCCCAGUUUCCUCGAAUACACCAAAGAGGGCUUCAUAUCACCAAAGGACUUCAUAAGAGCAAUGGAAGCUCAAAAGAUCUAUAGCCCAGAGGAGAUCAUGUACUUGACGGAGUGUGCGGGUCCCAGGAAUGCCGAGGGCCACAUAGACUACAACGAGUUCUGCAACCGCUUCCACACACCUGCCAACGACAUCGGUUUUAACUUGGCCGUGCUGCUCACCAACCUGUCUGAGCACAUGCCCAACGAUCCGCGUCUGUCAAGGUUCUGCGAGAACGCCAGCAGCUUCCUCGAGUACUUUGAACCGACGCUGGGCAGGAUCGAAAUUCUAGGUGGCGCCGGGAGGAUCGAGCGAGUUUACUUCGAGAUUAACCCUGACCACAAAGAUCAGUGGGAGAAGCCCCAGAUCAAGGAAUCGAAGCGGUCCUUCCUCCACAAUGUCGUAAAUGAAGGAGGAGAGAAAGAGAAACUGGACAUGUUUGUCAACUUUUGUGAGGACUCCAUAUUUGAGAUGCAGCAUGCGAGCAGUAUCAGUCCACAGGAAGAGGAACAGAAGCCGGUUGCUCCAACCGACAGAGUGGGCAUAAUUAGAAGCAGCGUCAUCGAGCCGACGAAGGCAUUCUUCGGAGCGAUCUACAUGUUCGUCGCGAGCUGCCUCUACCUGUGCCGCUGGUCGAACAUACGUAAGCACUACCAGAAGAUGCGCAAGAUGAGCAAAUACGAGCUGUGCGUUGGCACGUUGAGGCUGAGCUGGGCCGUCAUCGUACGAACCUGCUGGAUAACGUACUUCAUAAUAACAACACUGUACCAGUUCGUCAUGCUGAUGAUGCGUGGCCCGAAAGCAAAAGACUUGAAGCCAGUCGACACGAAGCGUCGCCAUGGUCACCAUCGGCAUGUGCUGUCAACCGACCUCUUCCUCGAUGACUUCUCCGGACCGCAAUCCGUUUCUGCCUUUGGUGUCGCUAUUAAGACAGAGACCUCGGAAGCUGUUUCGGAUAACGAGUCCAACCCUUCGGGAGGUGUUGUACCGGAAAGGACGGCGACGCAGAUGUACUCGGACGAUGGCGCCGUUGACGAUAUCGACAGGAUGGUGGAGAUGAACGGAGACGUACGGCGGUCGUUUGACGGCGGGCUGGACGUGCCGAAACCCAUGCAGCGGGACGGCUCGACGUGGACGCUGACGGCGGAGUCGUCUGAUAUACCUAUAGAAGGGUUGGCACCACCGAGAACAAAGGAGUCUUUGAAUGCCACAUCUGACGAAAGCGUCUACGGUGAUAAGGAAUCGUCUAGCGCUCAGGCAAGGCGAGGCACGGAGGAAGAUGAAGAGGAGGAGGGCAAGGAGGGCACAGACUACCACAAGGCAGCAUUGAGUUUCCUGGCAAGAAACUUCUACACACUGAAGACGCUUGCUCUCGUGUUGGCCUUCUGUAUCAACUUCAUCCUGCUCUUCUACAAGGUAACCGUGUUGGAAAUCGAGGAAGGUGAAGGAGAAGAGGGAGAGGAAGAAGCAAAGGCUCCUGAAUGGGUACACCUAGAGGAGGACCAUUCUGCAAUCCUCGAUCCGACCAUACGUCUUCUGGCGUUUAUUCACUCUGCCGUUGCCUUCUCUAUGCUCAUCGCCUACUAUUAUCUCAAGGUGCCACUAUUCAUCUUCAAGCGAGAAAAAGAGGUUUGCCGCAGCCUGUUAUUUGAUGGACUCUACGUUGCCGAGCAGCCAAGUGAGGAUGACAUCAAAGCCCACUGGGACAAACUAGUCAUCAGCACGCGCUCAUUCCCAGAGAACUACUGGGACAAGUUCAUCAAGAAAUCGGUUCAACAGAAGUACAGCGAACAGUAUGACCAUGAUGCCAUCAGCUUGCUUCUUGGCAUGGAUGAGGCAGACAGCUUCUCGACUGAGAACCCCAAGAAGAAAGAGAGUGGCGGUUUAAUCUCAUUCAUUUACUCAAUUGAUUGGAAAUACCAGAUCUGGAAGAGUGGCGUUAUUCUCACCAAUAAUUCAUUCUUGUACAUCAUGUGGUACUUCCUCUUCUCUGUGCUGGGCAACUUUAACUACUUCUUCUUCGCUUCUCACCUGUUGGACGUGGUGAUGUCCAUCAAAGCCCUCAGCACGAUCAUGCAGUCUAUCACACACAACGGCAAACAGCUCUGCUUGACCCUUAUGAUGAUGACCAUCAUAGUCUACAUCUACACCGUACUCGCUUUCAACUUCUUCCGCAAGUUCUACGUGUCAGAAGGUGACGACGGGGAGGAAGAACACAAAUGUCACACCAUGGCCGCGUGCUUCCUCUUCCAUUUGUACGUGGGUGUCAGAGCUGGUGGUGGCAUAGGUGACGAGAUUGAAGCACCAGAUGGGGACCAACAGAUGUUCCGUUUUGUCUUUGACAUAACGUUCUUCUUCUUCGUCAUCGUCAUUCUGCUUGCCAUUAUUCAGGGUCUGAUCAUUGAUGCGUUUGGUGAGCUCAGAGGUCAGCUGGAACAGGUCAAGGAAGACAUGGAGUCACAAUGCUUCAUCUGUGGUAUCGGCAAAGAGUACUUUGACAAAAUACCACACGGGUUUGAUACGCACGUUCUGAAAGAACAUGACCUCGCUAACUACCUGUUUUUCUUGAUGUACUUGAUAGACAAGCCCGAAACGGAUUACACGGGCCAGGAGACCUACGUGUGGGAGUUGUACCAGAAGCGGUCGUGGGACUUCUUCCCAGUAGGAGACUGCUUCCGUAAGCAGUACGAGAACGAGAUCAUGGCAGGCUAACACAGUGCGCCCGUGCACCCCCCCGUCUGACGCCGGGCGGCACUGCACGACGAAUCGCCACUGACAGCACCUGGCCGGCGGCAUUGCGAUCCCCAGCCGCGGAUCGCGUAAAGUGUAGACGGACGACGUACCAACCGUGCGAGCGGCGGUGAAUGCUGCGAGACCGCGAGCUUGUGGCGCCACCUCACAGAGAAAAUGUUCAUCAUGUUGAAUCGACGUCGCUUGAGCCGUGAAACGUGUACUCACUGUCACGCCCAUCCCAAUGACAAUGUCUUCGCUGCUAGCAAUUUCGAGUUUGUUUUACGAAGAGGCAGCCAGAGGGCAGCACUUGACAUAGCGAUUGAGUGCUAGGACGGGACAUUGUUGUCAUUUUGUUUUUAUAGCUAGAAUUUACGACACCGUGCAAAAUAAAAUUGUUUAAAACAGCCCUUUACAUCAUUACAUGCAAAUUAUGUUGCAUACUAUUGUAAAAACGUUAUGAUUUUACCACAAUCACUGGCAAGUUAAAUUGUAUUUACAACUUUUCCCACUAAAAUUGCAACCAAGGCAGCAUGAUUAUUUAACUAAAUAUUUUGUCUGUUUGUGAUGUAUCAUAUUUAUAUUGAAUUAUUUUUAAGUUAUUUUGAUGUUUUCUCUUGAUCACAUUUUCUUAUAGGCAGCAACUUAGCGACCGAUUGAAGAAACAAUCUAGUCCAAACUAUCCCUAUUUGAUACCAGAUGCAUGCUUCGAGGAUUUGCCUACAUUGUGAGCAUUCUACAUAAGUGGAUAUUUUUUAUUCUUAGUAUUAUGAUCCUCUUGAGGCAGCAUUUUUGCAAGAUUAACUUAUUACGUUAUUUCCUGCCUGGUUUGUGCAGCAAUCCUUCAUAGGAAUAUUGCAGCUGCAUCUAAUGUAAAGAUACUAGUAGAGAUAGUCAGUUUUAAUAUUUGUGCUAGUAGUAAUGAGGUGCUAUCAAUGCUUUUCAGUGUGUUAUGGUGUAAUCUUGUCAUGACAACAAGCAUUUUCAUUUGGGAGAGUUAUGGGUUAAGUAAUAGCCAUUCUUCUGUAAUGAUAAAUACUCUUAGGAGUAGUUGCAAUGAAAGGAAACUUAUAAGCAUGAACCCAAUUUGAAUUUUUUAAAAAAACUUGUCGAUCUAGAUUAGAAUCUUAGAUUGAAUUUACAAAACUCUUUAGUUCCAAACGAAUUUUCUUUUUUCUUUUUCAAAAUGAAGAUUUUGACCUUAUACUCGUUGAAUAAAAAUGAUCCCCUUAUAAACUCGUUU